AGAUGGAAUUUCAUGAUACUCCACAUAUCUUGUGCACUGGCUACCAGCCAGACAUGCAUGCUGUCUCCCAGUGUGGCUAUCCGAUAGAGAUGGGUUCUGAUGUCGAUACCGAGACAGAAGGAGGAGCCUCACCUGAUCAGGCCUUGAGGAUGUGGAUGUCCGGAAUGAAAUCGGAGCACAGUUCGUGUUUAUCGAGCCGCGCAAACUCAGCGCUAUCCCUCACCGAUACUGACCACGAAAGGAAGUCUGAUGGGGAGAACGGUAAUGAAGCAACCCAUUAA